UUGGCAGUUGGUGGGUGCGGUUGUUCCGCGAGUAAGAGGAAGGUGCGUCGGGUUUAGGCUUCGCGAGAAAGUUUUGGUCUGCGGUUUGGUAAAAGUUAUCGUAAAUCUCGCCGUCUUGUCGAUUCUCACGGACAUCCCAGGGAUCGGAGAAACGAUUUGGACCGCGCGUCGAACGACUUGAGAGAGGAAAGAAAGGUCAACUCACGAACGCGACUCCGUUAUUUUUGACUGUAACAAGGGAAUAUCGAUCUCUUCGGUCUAACAAAAGACCGUUUCUUUACGAAUUCGAAAUCGAUUAAACGACAUCACGAUUAUUGCGAGACUAAUCGGGUUAAGCGAACCGGAAUCGUUCGUGCGGAAUCGUAGUCGAUAUUCGCGAAAGAAUAAUCGAAAACCAACCGGUGUUUCGUUUUUCGCGCUGGAGCGUCGACGAACGAAUACGAAGCGCGACCGUGCGACGUGGCCGCGACGCCAUUUUGUGAAGAUUUCUGUGUGCGUCUCGCGAGCUACAACGGCCUCUCUCGUGCCGUGACCCACCAAAUCGGAGAAGAAACUGAGUGUUUCGCUUCGAUCGGAUCCGGUCUCCUUUGACAUCACCGGGGGAAAGGAAAUAGAAGAGGAAGAAGAAGAAGGUGGAGGAGGAAGAGGAGUGGUACUAUAUCCACGAAAUUAUAUCAUAUAUUAGUCGUCCUGGGUCGCUUCGCGUGGCAGCCAUGAGACUGGAAAUUGUGUCAGCGGCGGAUUUUCUGGUGCAUCUACUGCGCCUCCAGACGGGACAGCUGUCCGAGCGUCAGCUCGCGAUGUUCAAGUCAUCAUUGACGGAGGUUCUUCGUCAUCGUUACAGGGAUCACUGGUUCCCCGAUCGUCCGAAUCGGGGUUCCGGUUACCGUUGCCUACGUAUCAACGGUAAAAUGGAUCCUGUAAUUGCGCAGGCGGGCGCGAAUGUCGGUUUACUGCCCACGGUCUUGCACAGCCUGUUCCCGAGUGAGCUUACUAUGUGGAUCGACCCAUCGGAAGUGUCGUACAGAAUCGGUGAGAACGGAUCCAUUUGCGUGUUGUACGAGCGCACGGAACCCGACCCGGAUGAGUUGCAACAUCAACACCAGCACCCGCAUCAACACCCGCACCACCAGCAUCAUCAUCAUCAUCAUCAUCAACAACAACAGCAACAACAAUUCGAAAGCUGCAAGGACUCGUUGUUACUCGAGCACUCGCAGUUCAGCGAGCAAAUCGCCGCGUUCGUUUCCAGUUGAAGCGUUUACUGGUACGAAUUCACCGAUGCGACGACGCCAGGCGUCUCGCUUCGCAUCCAUCGGACGUGCA